AUGAGCACCCAACAACAACAAACUUUUGAAGAGCCUCUUUGGACUCCAGAGAAUGCGGUCCCAGAGAUUGUUCGUCAACGGAUCGAAUUGAUUCGUAAUUCUGCCUUUAUUGAGAAGCUGAACAGCUCGUCAACACCUUCAACUAAGGGUAUUUCCAACCUUCUAAUAUUCUUACACAUUCUUCAACAACUCAAGAAGACUCGGCGUACCGGCUGGCUCAAUUUCGAUGUUGAGGAUCCCGAAUCUAUUGCUGACCACAUGUACCGCAUGGGCAUCAUUUCCAUGCUUUCCAACAAUAAAGACCUUGACACGGGUCGCUGCGUGUGCAUCGCAUUGGUCCACGACAUGGCAGAGAGUCUUGUGGGUGACAUCACACCUAAGGAUCCCGUGCCUAAGGAGGAAAAGCAUCGUCGGGAGCUUGCAGCUAUGGAAUACCUGACGAAGGGUCUGAUUGAACCUUUCAAUCCUUCUGCUGCCCAAGAAAUUCUUGACCUGUGGAACGAGUAUGAGAAUGUGGCAUCUCCAGAGGCCCGUUUUGUUAAAGAUGUUGAUAAAUUUGAGCUCCUUGUGCAAACACUCGAGUUUGAGCAGCAGCAUGAGGGUAAGAAGGAUCUUGCCCAGUUCUUAGAUACUAGACAACAAAUCAAGACUCCAGAGGUCAGCGAAUGGGCUGACACCCUCCUCGGUGUUAGAGAGGACUACUGGGUCAAAGUAAAGAAGGAUUUGUCCUGA